AUGGCUACACAACAAGUUUUGAAGUCGGCAAAUUCAGACGAAAAGAUUGAGACUACUAUGAACACAUCUCUCUCUUCAUCGACAUCCUCAAUGAGUCAAAUCAUGAAUCGCACGUCAAGGAACACAUUGUCUCCCCUCGAAAUCAAAGAACUUAAGAGCGCCCUCAUCAGCAUUCCACAAGAAGUUCGGGACAUGAUUUAUUCAUACCUCCUGGUAAACCCAGUCCUAGGAGAAGCCACUUCAGUCUCGUCAGAAACUACCUAUGGCAGCACUCAGAAGUACGAUCUAGACACUGCAAUCCUUUAUGUGUGCAAGCAGACAUACCGGGAAGGCAUUUCCAUCUUGUACAAAAACCCUAUUUUCAUAGACUGCAGCAAUAGUCCUGGUGAUUGGGAUUUCACAGAUGGUGUCUUCGACGACCGUUGUUUGGAAGAUGAAGAAGAUGAAAAAAAUGGAAUCCUGGAGCCCUAUAUCAUCAAUCUCUGCCCAUUGACCCGGUACACAAAUUGUCAGCGCAAAAAGCAUCAAGACAAGCCAUUGUUUCGCAAUACCCCAAACAUUGAAAAGGUAAAGAUUUGGAACGUCCUCUUGAACUCUUUCAAAAUGGAUUGCUGGUACGAUCCUCUCAGCUCAAAUGCUUUUGCUGAAUUCUGUAUGUCAGUAUGUCCGUACCCGAAUAUCUCCUUUAGCAUCUCAAUUCUGCCUUUGACCUUCCAUUCAAGUCAAAUCCAAACAGAAGCAGGAUCAUUUUUUAUGGAGAAAGGCUUGGUCAACAAUCUAUUGCCAUUAAAGAUGAUACGAAAUAUCAAGAGACUUGUUAUCAAAUGUUCUGAACUCCCUAUGAUUCCGGACUACUGUUAUCACCGAGAUCACGGAAGAAAGCUACGGCCUGCAGACUUGAGUGUACCUGACUUACCUUCGCUGGAGCUCAUCAGUGAGUACGUCAAGAUUACUAGUGGAGCCACUCCUGUUAUUGAAUGUGUAUAUCUUAUGGGGGAAAGAUUGAGAGAGUAUUUCUGGUUGUUCCAUCGUGCAGAAAUUGUGGUGAUCAACAGAUCGUUUGUGGGCUUUCGAAGCAGCAUCCGAGUCCAUGAUACUUUGAUUCGCCCACCUGAGGCCGUCGGUGGUGGACUGGUCAUCCAAGAAGAUGAACAAAGUUUCCUCGAUUGCGGAGAACUAAUUGACGCUAUCGGAGGUCCUUCUCUUGAACACACUGAAACCGCCGAGGAGAUUCUCUGUUUCAAGCAGUACCGGGGAGAGUUACUUCAAGUCCUAGAGCCUGAAUACCAGAAUGUUCGUGCUUGUUCUAUUAAAUUUCGGGAGUUUCUUCAAAGCGAAAGCGGCCCAACCGGAGUUUUUGUAAUCGGGCCUUCCAGAGCCGUUGAUCGACAAGAUUACUGGACCAGAGUAACAAGGGCUAUGGAAGUACUAGAGGAAUACGAAUACUCAUUUGUAAGGGGAAAGUCAGAGAAACUAAGGCUUUCUUUAGCAGAAAAAAACAAUUAUUUUGUGUUGACGUAUGUGUCGGGUGAGUCAAGAAUGGUAAUGAAGAAGAUAGCCUGGGCAUACGAAAGAAGGAUGUGGAAGGAACUUAUGUUUUAUUACAAAAUCGCAAUCAGACGCAUGGAAAAGCACUAUGUCAAAAUAAGAUGGUGCCGAACAGACCUUUUCAAAUGGGAUGUUUCUGACAGAGGCUCUGAUCUGGACACUCAUUCUGAUAUGGUGGAGGCAAUUGUUUGGCCGAAGCCGGAGUUAAAUUCAGAACACGACCAGGAGCAUAUAGCCGAGAUCUCCAAGGGUGAGACAAGUGACACAGAUCUUGAGGAUUCUAUAUGCGUUGGCGAUAAUCGUGAUGAUGAUGCUUGGUAG